ACCUCCAGGGAUGGACAGGGCAUCCACAGCCUCUCUGGGCAGCUGUUCCAGCACCUCACCACUCUCAUAGUAAAGAUGUCAAGGCUCACCUUAUGUCCUUCUCCCACAAUCCCAGGGAGCCUGGGUGCCUCAGAACAGGAAGAAGGGAGCAACUCUGGUCCUGUUGUGCUGGACGUCGUACUGCAGAACUGCACUGCAGGCACUGAACCAUUAUUUGUCUCAGUUGGUGUGGUAGUUCAUUGGUACAGUCUGGAUGAGAUGUAUUGGCUGGGAUUCCAUGAUACUUUGGAAAUACUAUAAACUGGAAGAAAGACAAGGGACUAAUAUACUCCUACAAAUAUGCUGACAUGAAAUUUAAGCUACUCUGUCAGCAGCAGGUCAGCUAACCCAUUGUGUUUCUGGAGCUUUGGAUUUCUUUCUUAUGGAUACUUGCUGACAGCAGCAUAACUGAAUUGACAUGUAAGAAGAAAUUACCUGCCAGAAGAGCUCUCCCAUGGCUCAGCCCAUAGUGAGAAGGGAGGGAGCUAUGCAUAAAGAAUUUACACAUAGAUUAAAAAUCCUCAUUAUUAAUCAUUUCCACAAUUAACUAUUGCUCUGUAACCAAAGGCUGCAAGUAUCUUUGUUUCAAAGUAAGUGAGGUAAUCUAGAAUCUCUUUUUAAGUAGAUUUCUGCUGUCAAGGUAAUCUAGGGAUUAGUUCUGCACAUUUACGAGGUGACAGGGCUGUUUCUGUAGGAAGUUGGUAGAAAGGAGCAUGUUACCUUGAUUGGCUUCCUUUCUUCUUGUAAGUUCUCAAUUUUGCAUCUUUUUAUUUUUAUGCCUGAAAACUCACUUUAGGGCUUUUAAAAUACCAAUUUAGCUCAGUAUCUAAUGAAUACACCUGUAAUUGUUUAUAUCUGCUGGAUAGCACUUUUACUACUGCCCAUUUGAAGCCUGGUUUACCCUGGCUGCUGGGACUGCUGGGACUGCUGGGGCAGCACAAUCGUUGUAGGAGAACAAAUUUGUCUACUCUCAUCUGGUACCACAACAUACAAGCCAUCAACCUGCAGCUGAAGACAGCAGUGGCUGUAUUUGGAGGAAGAGUGGUGGCAAAGGAGAGACUAAAGCUACCACCAGUGUAUGGGAGCUGUUUUAUGAUUGCAUUUUCAGAAGCAGGAGGAUUGAAGUCUUGAGGAUUUCCCCUGUGCUGCUGACUCCCCAGUAACCUCAGUUUUUCUUCUGUGCAGGCUUGUCUGAAUCCCUCCUCUUCCUUCUUCAGAUGGUUUGAGCAAAGAACACAUCAAAGAUGUUGACGUGUCUCUCAUCAACUAAAUACCAGCAGCCAAGUUAUCUAAAGUCAUUUUCUGCCUCCCUGCCACUCGGAAGAAAGUGCCUUCAGGGGUUCUCAUUGUGUACCCCAAAAGUACACGGCAUAACAACUCCUGAGUAAACAGAGGCAAAGUCAGCAUCCCCCAUCCUCUCUUCUGAAACAGUUUGUAUUCACAAUAAAACCCCUGCUUUGAUCUCUUGCCAAAAAUAACACAGACAGUCUAUUCAAACAUCUUUAAUAACAUGAUAUAAUUAAAAAUAUCUAACCUGCAACUCAAAGAAAUGAAUAUGAAGCUUGUUUCAGUCUGUUUCCACACCCCUCCAAACUUGACUGACAGGUUCCAGACCUUCAUUAGUUGGCCUGAAAAUUUAUGAACACACCAAUAUUAAUAGGUGGGGGUGGGAGGGGUGGGUUGUCCUAUAUGUGAAUUAGGAACACAAGGGAUUAAUAACCAGGUUUGAAAGGAUUUGAGUGCCAUGGUAGCUUUAAAUAUCCUGCAAGGCAAAUCAUUGCAUCUGUGAGCAUUUAAAUUUCUGUUUAAAGUGGUCUGCAGUGAGUUGAAGGCACUUGUGCCUUGGGCUUUAAACAACUUGUGUGUUUAAGUCUCUGAAAUAUUCUGAGAGGUGAACUCUAAAAGUGCUUUAGUCAAAGGUCAGCAUUUGUCUGAAUUCAUCCAUUUUCUUCGCAAUAACGUGGAGAAUUGUACAGCAGCUCCUGUUAGAAGAACAGAGCAGACCAGAGAAGCUGGAACAGCUGCCAAGUCCCAGAGGAAUCCUGAAUGUUGGACUGUAAAGUCGAUUUGGUCACAGUCUGACAUGAAAGUCGUUGGGCUGACAACUGGGAAAGCUGCUGUUCCUAAGUCUGUUCUUGCCUGAAGGACAGUGUUAGGUAUCACAUUUCAGGGGCAGGGAGACAAGUGGUUCAGUGCAAAUGAGUGAGCUGCCAUCAUGCACCCAAUUUUAAGUGUGAGAUUAAAUAUCUUAAUAUAAAUCCUGGUUAAAGUGUUUAAAUUGAUAGUUUUAACCCUGAGUUACCAUGACUUGGCUGAGAGAUGGGAACUCAGCUGUGUGUCUGUGCCCUUGAUUUCUCCUUUGAUGUUCUGUAUGUUUUGUACAGAGCAAGACCAAAACCUGUUGCUUUUGAAAGAUUCAGCCAGCAGGAGCAUUCACUGGGUGGGAUACAUGGAUACUGUCACCGAGAUGGAAGGACAGACAGAAAAUGGGGUCCUGCUGCCCUCGCUGCAGUCGGCCCUGCCCUUCCUGGACCUGCACGGCACCCCCCGGCUGGAAUUCCACCAGUCGGUGUUCGACGAGCUGAGGGAGAAGCUGCUGGAGCGAGUCUCAGCCAUCGCCUUGGAAGGGAAGGUGGAGGAAAGGUACAAGAAGCUGGAAGAUCUCCUGGAGAAAAGCUUUUCCUUGGUCAAGAUGCCUUCCAUACAGCCUGUGGUAAUGUGUGUCAUGAAGCACUUGCCCAAGGUGCCUGAGAAGAAGCUGAAGUUAGUAAUGGCUGAUAAGGAUUUGUAUAAAGCAUGUGCAGUGGAGGUAAAGCGCCAGAUUUGGCAGGAUAACCAGGCUCUGUUUGGUGAUGAGGUAUCUCCACUGCUGAAACAGUAUAUCCUGGAGAAAGAAAAUAUUCUCUUCAGCAACGAUAUUUCUGUCCUGCACAACUUCUUCAGUCCAUCUCCCAAAGCAAGACGUCAGGGAGAGGUGGUUCAGAAGCUGACUCAGAUGAUUGGGAAGAAUGUGAAGCUCUACGACAUGGUGUUGCAGUUCUUGAGAACUUUAUUCCUCCGGACAAGGAAUGUGCAUUACUGCACACUGCGGGCAGAGCUCCUGAUGUCACUGCAUGACCUGGAAAUCAGUGAAAUCUGCACUGUUGACCCCUGUCAUAAGUUCACGUGGUGCCUUGAUGCCUGCAUUCGGGAGAAGUUUGUGGAUAACAAGAGAGCUCGGGAAUUGCAAGGCUUUCUGGAUGGAGUGAAGAAAGGACAAGAGCAAGUUUUGGGGGACUUAUCGAUGAUCUUGUGUGAUCCCUUUGCCAUUAACACCUUAGCCCUGAGUACCAUAAGGCACCUGCAGGACCUAGUGGGGCAGGACACCUUACCCAGGGAAAGCCCAGAUCUGCUGCUGCUCCUUAGGAUGCUGUCUUUAGGACAGGGAGCCUGGGACAUGAUUGACAGUCAAGUCUUCAAGGAACCAAAAAUGGAAGCUGAAUUGAUUACAAAGUUCUUGCCUAUGCUGAUGUCCUUUGUGGUGGAUGAUCACACAUUCAAUGUAGAUCAGAAACUGCCCUCGGAGGAAAAGGGGCCAAUUCCCUACCCCAGCACCAUUCCUGAGGCUUUCACCAAGUUCUUGCAGGAGAACAGAAUAGCUUGUGAGAUUGGACUAUACUAUAUCCUUCACAUAACAAAACAGAGAAAUAAGAAUGCUUUCCUCAGGCUCCUGCCAGCACUAGUCGAGACAUUCAGUGACUUGGCCUUCAGUGAUAUAUUUCUGCAUCUGCUCACUGGUAACCUCACACUGCUGGGUGAUGAAUUUGCAGUUGAAGAGUUCUGCACCGCUCUGUUUGAUGGCUUCUUUCUCACUGCAUGCUCAAGAAAGGAGAAUGUACACAGACAUGUACUAAGAUUGCUGCUUCAUCUGCAUCACAAAGUGGCGCCUGCCAAAUUAGAGUCUCUCCAGAAGGCUUUGGAACCCACCAAACAGAGUGGGGAGGCUGUGAAGGAGCUUCAUAACCAGCUUACUGAGAAACUGGAACUUCGCAAGCCUAGUCCUGCCGAAGUGACUGAGACUCCCUCCAUGGAACUGCCCUUGCCCACUGUGCCCACACCAGCCUCACGCUGAGCUGUGUUUGUAUUGCAAGAGUGAGACAGCAAAACAAACCUAGUGCUCAGCAGCCUGAGGGCGCUGUACUGCCUUGUCAAGUGUCUGCCCACAGGGUGGAAACAAAAAAAAUAGCCACUGAAAAAGCUCUUUGGGAAAACACUGCGGUUUACCCAACUGUCUCUUGCUGGUUAGAAAACUCUGUAUGCAGUGCAUUGCAGAGGUUUACUUUUCUUAAAGGUAGCUGAGUGAGUGUCUUCUUGUAGAUCUACUUACAACUGACUGUACUCUUUUUUUUUUUUUUUUUUUUUGAAAAAGAAAAGGCAUAUUUUUAAGCUUUGCAUCUUGUAUUCUUUAACUCUAUUUCAAGAACUUAUAAUCGACUGUCUAGUACAUGGUUGAGCAGACAGAGUGAGCUCCUGAAGGCUAACCCGGUUUUUCCUGGCUGUUAGUGGGCUCCUCUGGGUCUUUACAGGAAAUGCAGCAAACAAAUGUCAGAGGAGAUAAGCUCCACUGAUGUGAUUUUCUGUUUCUAGCUAUUUACUUCAUGGUAAAACGUGCUGCAUUAGUGAGGGAUGUCCACCACUGUCACUAGAUCAAGAAGCAAUGAUCUUAUGAAGAACACCAGAACCUGAAUCAAUCCCCUGCUUUCCUUUCUCUCCCAUUUUUUUCCAAAGAAAGAGCUUGAAAUGAAUCUUGGAGCCAGUGAAAUAAAACCUAAAUGGUGGUGGGGUUUGGGUGUAGGCAGGGUGAAAUCCUGACUGAAAGAAUAGCCUGUUCUCCAUGGCUUAUCUGUGUUUGCUGUCUGUACUUUUGCAGUUAAUUCCUGUUGUGCUUUUACUGUUGCCUCACUGUAAACAUCAGGCAGAGUAUGCAGGAAGAUGGAUUUGGGAGAAUGAGUUGUGUGAGCUUACAAGUGACUUUGCAUUGGUUUCAGCCUGUACAAUAUAUGUGAAAAAAAAUCCCAUCAGUCCUCUGUAAACAGGAAGAUGGCUACAUGAGGGAUUCUGAAUCGCAGACGAACGCAGGUAUGAAGGCACUUCUGAGGGUCUCUGCUUACCAGCUAACUCAGACUAGGGCUCACCUAGAAAAGGUUGCUUAAGGGAACAAUGUUGUAUUUACCUUUAAGUUUCCUGAGGGUUCUGUUAGGCUGUUUCUCCAGCCCACUGAGGUUCCUCUGAACAGCAGCCCUGCCCAGUGUGUCAGCCAUUCCCACAGUUUGGUAUCAUUUGUAAAUUUGCUGAGGGUGUGUUCUGUCUUUGGGUUGUGAAUAGAGGCAUUAAACAAUAUUAGCCUCGUUACAGACCCCUGAGGAAUGUUAGGAGUAACUGGCUGCCAGUUGGACUUUGUGCUGUUGAUCGCAAGUCUCUGGGACUGGAGUCUUGCCAGUUUUCCAUGCAGCUAUCUGAUCCACAGCAAAAUGAUUUGGCUGUGUGUGUUCUUCAGACAAUUGUGUCCAAAGCCAUCUGAAGUCAAGCUAAACUGUAAUGCUCUCCCCUUGUCUGCCAAGCCAGUCUUCUUAGAAAGUUACCAGAGUUGUCAGGCACCAUUAAGCCUUGGAAUUUGCCUACCCGUGCUGGUUGUGCUGUCACUUUCUUGUCCUUUUAUUUUCCCAGCACUAAUUUUUUUUCUUGGGGCUCGAGCACUUCUAGUUCCAAGCCAUAUUUAUGAGACUUUUCCAUUUCCUGAAGCUGUAUAUAAAAAAAAAAAAAAAAGAAAGAAAAAGAAAAAAAAAAAAAGAUGUAAUUGAGCAAAGAUGGAAGUCCCUCCCAGAAGCUGCUGACUCCCUCUUUGUGUAGUUUUUUCUUCCUCCUGAGAUCUCAAGUGUUGCAUGAGGAAAGCAAGUACUCAUCGCCUCAGUGCCUCGUUUUCCAUUUGUGCAGGGUUUUGUCUGUAUCUUUUGGGAAAACUGGGAAGGCAGCAUCAGUUUGUGAGUGAGGAAGGGGUGCUGCCCUCUCGUCCCUGCUGCCUUUGCACUCCUUGUCUCCUGGGCUCAGCAUGCCUUUGGUGGAGCCUGGGUCGUUCUUGGCAGAUUUCUGAUGCUGAACUUGCUGGAAACAGGAACUGCUUGUAACAAUCAGUAUUUUCUUGCAAAGCUUGGUUUUUAAACCAUUUAAACUGAUGUGUGACUUACACAGAGCAACAUCCCACACUGCUUGGAAACCUUUCACUAUUAACUCCCUCCAACUUGUGUUCUGCUCAGCCCCAGGGUCCGUAGCUCUGUGUACAGGUUCUCUCUGUCACUGAAGUCUUCCCAUAUACUGCAGCCUGAUUUGCUACUUUCUUGCAGCAUUAACUUAUUUUAAUUCAGGCUGACUGAGCAAUUUGCAAUUCGGUAGGAAGACCUCUUGUGUUUUAUCGUGUGUCAACAGUGCUGGGGAUUAUUUUUUCAGCCUUUAAGAUCUACAGAGGUGGCACAAAGAAAUUGAGUCCAGGAGCACGUACUGAUGAUUACCUGUGCUAGUUGAUGCUUCAGCUGAGGGGAAGUCUGUGGGCAGGGGGAGAAUGGGAAUGGCUGCCACUCCACUCUGCACUCUCUUGACUUGCUUCCUUCUGAAAAGACGUGAUAAAUUAGCAGAAACAUCUCUCAGAAAAGACUUUUUUUUUUUUUUCCAGAAGUGACCAUCUCGGUCUGUUGGCAUUCUUAGAGAUGAGAAUGGUUUGACCCCCAGCAAUUAUACAGACUGAUGCUUUUGUGUCAGCUCGCGCUGUCCUGUGCUGUAACUGCCAGCUGAAGUACAACAGAACUGUGAAAAGAAUUACAUUUUUUUUCCCUCUUUGCCUUUUCUUAAUGCUCCCAUAUGUAGCCUGUUGUAACUGGCAGCGAGGUGCAGUGCAGAUCUCAGUUGUGUGCAGAGCUGUGUGUGCACACUAGAGGGUAGUGCACCACUGACUGCCUGCCACCAGCACGCUGCUGCCUGAAGUCCUCCCAGCUGGCAUGGAGCAGGGAGCUGGAGCUGCCUGCCCUCUGUUUACACUCAUGUUACAGAUUGUCUUUACAACGGGGAUGUGAUACCUGUGGUAUGGAAAAAUAGCGUAUUCUCACCAAGCCUGCUGUGUCUGACUCGGGGAUGAAUUUUUACGAUGAAUUCUAAUUAGCUUGAGCAAUCUGGUCCUCUCUGUGUGUUUUUCCGGAGAGAUCAUAGUAACUAAUAGCUCUGAGAGGUUCUCCAGGCUUUCUGGAUGGUUAACAUUUAACUGAAAUUUUAUGUUGAGCUUUGAAGCAACUCAUUUGGAUUGAGGUAUAUUAGCAGAUUGAUAGAGCACUGGAACUGCAGUAUUGUAGUUGAUAGGAGUAGCUCCAAAAUUUGGUUACUGAGGCCAAUGCUAGCAGAAGAAUCAGGUCUGGGUUAUGCAGAAUUAGUGGAAAAAAUGUUUACAAUGGUAAAGUACAGUUUACUUCUGAAGGAGCUGACACCAAAAGCAUGGCACAGCAUCAUUUCACAUCACCCACAUUCUACCUGACAUGAUGAUUUGAUGCAGGAAAUCUCUUUCUGGACUGAGAUUAAAAAAAAAAAAAAA